GUUCUGACCGUGUUUAUGUAAUGGAGGAGGAACAGUCUCUCUUACAAUUCUAAUGGACAUGCAGAACCAGGGCUCUCUCUUCCUUCAACACGAACUGUGGGCUAGUUAUUCGAUAUGAACAUUAAAAAAAAGACAACAAUGAUGAAAAUGAAAAUAAGUUGAUUACGUUUUUAUUUGACGAUGUCUAGUUGAUGGACAGGCUACCACGGUGAUGAUGAUGACCUGAGAAAUGGGGGUGAACUGUUAGUAGGCUAAAACGGAGGAGAUGGGAAGAGAGAGAGAGCGAGUGUACAUGAUGAGAGAUUAAGACAGUGGUCCUGUUAUUGGAGCGCGCGAGAGAGAUGCGACAACAGCGUUUGCCCUGUUCACAUUUGACUCAGUGUGACUCUUGUCACUAGAGAAGGGCAGAUACGACGAGAGGCAAGAAACUUCAGACAAUAUUCAAAGAUCGACCUCAGAAGGGUGUUCAACCCUCCGUGGGAAACUGAAUGAGACAUUCUGCAAGAAGGGGAAAAAAACCAGCAGAGAGGAGCUGUGAAUAGAUCGAGAAAGAUAUUCAACGCGGCACCUGUCCUCCAUCUCAGUGUGAAGGGCACGUAAUGGAAGAGUGAAAGGGAGGAUACAAGGGAAGAGAAAUAGAGGAGAGAAUGAAGACAACCGGAAAACAAGUAUUUCCUUACAUCAAGCAUCACUCAAACUAGGACAUCUCACCACAGGACAAGAUGAUUACCAGGAAUCUGCUCCUAUUGGUCUCACUGUGUCUGUGGGAGGAGAUUAUGGGAGAAGGUUCAGCCACUAAGAUUGUCAGGAGAAGAGGGGUGGGCGGGACUCACAUGCUGAAGCUAGGGGAGAACAGAGUAGCGGACCAAUGGGAUUCAAGCGUGAAUUCAAACGUGAUGCCCAUGGUGACUCUUAGAAACUCAAUUGGUCAUGACCUGGGGGGUGAUAGUGGCUCUAUCUCUCACCCCAAAAUACCCCAGAAUCAUGCAGCCAUGCCAUCUAAUAAGGAGAGGCAGGGUUUUAAACCUAAUCCAGUUCUGGACUUGGAAGAAAACCCUAUCAAAAAAGGAGAAUCAACUCUGUCUGUGUCACCCAAUAACAGGGAAUCCGUCCAGGAGACAGAACUUAAAAAGAUCAAGAACGGUACCAAUAAUGUUGGGACUCCCACCAAAACAGGGAGGAUGGAGAAAGUAUUCCUAGUUCACCAUAGACCAGACCUACACUCCAAUAGAACCAGAUUCAAACCCAUUUCCCGAUCCAGAGUGAGACCAGAUCUGAGCGUUCACACCACAGGGCUGCAAGGCAAAGGACUCACUAUGGAUUCAACCAGAAAAUUAAAUGUGACCGGCAGCUACAGUGUCCUAAAACUGCUGUCAAAAGAGAACCUGGUGAUGAUUGUGAACUCACAGAUGCAGAGUGUUCCGAGUUUGAAUCAUUUUCAGAGCAAGAGCAGCCGAAGCAGAAAGAGAGAUUUGAUUGAUGUGGAUCACAGCCCAAUGGAGGCCCUAAAAUUACAGAAGCAAGAUUUGGCUGUUACUCAAAACCACUUCGCAUUGGAUAAUCCAACUGCACUGCCGCAUAUAAACCCUGUCACAAAUCCUGAUCCAAGUCUAGAAAAGGCUGUUCACACUUUAAGUGAAGUCACUCUAGAUUCUGGUGUGGGAAAAGACAACUCUGAGACGAGGGGUGUAGGUAGUACAGUCACUUGGAAGAGCAAACACACCUCUCACCCUCUGUCAACACCGAUGAAUGAGGUCAGUCUCGACACUGACAGGGAGGUGACCAUCAGUAAGAUCAGUAAGACUGACCCUCCGGCCACGGCCAAGCAUCUCCCCUCAAGCAUCUCUUCUCAGACAAAUGCUGGCCCUCCCUCAGUGUUCACCUCACAGCCCCAGGGAGAGGGGACUGGGAGUGUGGCAGGGGAUUCCCAUAAGGAGAGUUUUCUUCACACAGCCGCACCAGGACUCAAAAUCCUCAGCCCGAUUGCCACUCAAGACCCUGAAGGUGGCGCCACAGAGCCAAUCGAUAGCAGCCAUGUCCUCAAACUCCACCCAGACACACACUGGGGCUUCAGCCAGGACAAGGCAGCCGGUGGGGGGAUGACAGUCGAGUCCCAUCCCGGGAAUGGGCGGGGCCUGGUGUUCCAAGAGGCGGAUGAGGAGGAGGGCCGUGGUCAAAUGGAUGGGGAGGGGACUCGGUCACGCAGCAGGAGGAGCUGGAUCUGGAACCAGUUCUUUGUGAUUGAAGAGUACAGCGGGCCUGAACCGGUGCUCAUCGGACGGCUGCACACUGACAUGGACCGAGGUGAUGGACGCACCAAGUACGUGCUGAGGGGCGAGGGGGCGGGGGCGGUGUUUGUGAUUGACGAGAAGACGGGCAACAUCCAUGUCACCAAGCCCCUGGAUCGCGAGGAAAAGGACGAGUACCGCCUCAUCGCCACAGCAACCGACCGGCAGACCGACCGGGCCCUGGAGCCCUCGUCCACAUUCAUCAUCAGAGUGCAGGACAUCAACGACAACCCACCUCUGUUUGAGGAUGGGCCCUACAGCGCCACGGUGCCUGAGAUGGCCAACAUAGGUACUUCUAUAAUCCAGGUGACAGCGACAGAUGCUGACGACCCAACCUAUGGGAACAGUGCCAGACUGGUGUACACGCUGGUGCAGGGACAGCAGUUCUUCUCUGUGGACCCACAGACAGGUAUACUGCGCACAGCGGUGCCUGAUAUGGACAGGGAAACCCAGGACCGGUACCUGGUUGUUCUGCAGGCCAAGGACAUGGGGGGCCAUCUGGGAGGUCUCUCAGGGACCACCACUGUUACCGUGAGGCUGAGUGAUGUCAACGACAACCCCCCUCGCUUCACACAGAGUAUGUGGUCGUUCUCCGUGUCCGAGCUGGCUGUUCCGGGGGCGGAGGUGGGCCGUAUCUCGGCAACAGAUGCUGACCUGGGCGACAAUGCCAAGCUGGAAUAUACCAUCCUGGAGGGAGAGACAGGGAACACCUUCAACAUCAGCGGAACGAACCAAGAGGCUGUGAUCACACUGAACAAGCCUGUGGACUAUGAGAGUCGUAGCUCCUACUCUUUCUCCGUGGAGGUGUUGAACCCCAUGGUGGACCCUCGUUUCCUCCGUCGUGGGCCCUUUAAGGACCGCGCCUCCAUCCGGGUGGCCGUGCUGGACGCAGACGAGCCGCCCCGCUUCUCCCGGGCUCGCUACCGUAUGGAUGUGUCGGAGAACUGCCCUCCUGCCUGCACCGUGGGACGGGUUAGUGCUGUGGACCCUGAUACUGGACUCACCAAUAACAUCAGGUUCUCUAUUGAUCCCCAGUCAGAUCCAGAGGCUCUGUACCGUAUCACCCCGGACAGCGGCCUCAUCACCACGGCCAUGGAGCUGGACCGCGAGCGCGAACAAUGGCACAACAUCACCGUCAUCGCCACGCAGAGAGACAACCCCAGUCAGGUGUCCAGAGUGGUGGUUACCAUAGAAACGCUGGACCUGAAUGACAAUGCUCCCGAGCUGGACAGAAAGUACACAACAGCCAUGUGUGACUCAUCAGCCACCGGACAGGUGGUGCAGGUGUUGCGUGCGAUUGAUAGAGAUGAGGGAGGGAAUGACAGCGCUGUCUAUUUCAGCAUUCCUCCAGAGUCCAGCGUAGCCCUCAACUUCAGCAUCAGGGACAGUGGAGGCCCCACCGGCACCCUGUUGCUCUUGUCGCCCCUACAGCCCCUCUCCCGCUCCUCCUCCUCCUCCCUCACGUUGCACGUCCCCCUGGUACUAAGGGACGGGACAUCUGGCCUGACCUCCACCGGGACGGUCACCGUGUCCGUCUGCCCCUGCCUGAGAGGAGGGGCCCGGGCUGGGGAGAAGGAGAGGCAGACGGAGGGAGACUGGGAGUGGGAGAGAGAGACGGUGUGUGUCCCCCAGCAGUCCACCUCUCCUUCCCCUGGGCUUAGCACCGCCGCCCUGCUGGCCAUCCUGGCCUGUGUUGCCACUCUGCUGGCGGUCAGUGCCUUGUCCCUGUCCCUCCGCCGUCAGAAGCGGGACUCUCUGUCCCCCCUGGAGGAGGACGAUGUGCGGGAGAACAUCAUCACCUACGACGACGAGGGUGGGGGUGAGGCCGACACGGCCGCCUUCGACAUUGCAGCGCUCCAGAGCGCCCCCCCACAGCUCACGCAGGGUAUACCGCACCCUGGACAGCAGGAACAUCCUUGUCACACCCUAUCUUCUAUCCCCCAGACGCUACUCCCAGCACGUCCAGGACAAAGCCCAGUCUUACAGCUGGGCCCAGAACCCGACCCUGGACCCGGCCUACUCCGGUCCUGGAGGGCCCAUGUACGGCCGCCUCUGCUAUAGCAGCCAUACCCUACCUGUUCUCCGACGUACUCCAGGGAGCCAGUUUGAGCCGGGCCUGUCUGAGCUGGCCUACCGCUUCCCUGGGAGCCAGCCGGACCACUCGUUGGUCAUCCAGAAUCAGGGGGCCAUGGUGGGGGCCCUGGAGCCAGGGGCCGUGUACCUAGGCCCAGCUGAAAUCAGCAGCAGAGAGAGCAGAGACGGAACAGGCCCACAGAGCGGGGUUAGCACCUCAGAUGGAGGGACACCGCGGACCAAUGACAGCCAGGAGAGAGGCGGAGGGGGAGCUA